UGAUGAUCUGUGUAACCCCAGCAGCGCCACCUGUCAGUGUCCAUCAGUGCCAGCUCUCAGUGCUCAUCCAUGCCACCUGCCAGUGCCCAUCAGUGCCACAUUUCAGUGCCCAUGUGAGCUGCCUUUCAGUGUCACCCAUCAGUGCCACCUAUCAGUGUGCAUCAGUGCUGCCUAUCUGUGCCGCCUAACAGUGCCAGUCAGUGUUGCUUAUCACUGCCAGUCAGUGCCGCCUAUCAGUGCCAUAUGAGUGCUGCCUUUCAGUGCCCAUCAGUGGUGCCUGUCAAUGCCCAUCAGUGCCACCUACCAGUGCCUCCUCAUCGGUGCCCAUCACUGCAGCCUAUCAGUGCCCAUCACUGCAGCCUCAUUAGCGCACAUCAGUG